AUGAAGUUCUCCAACGCCUUCUUCCGGUCUGUCGUGCUCGCUGUCGUGUGCGCCGCUUCCGCCAGCGCCGCUCCGUUUGCGAGCAGCCUCAAGCACACGACGAUCCAGGUCCGCAACAUCAGUCCAUCCCUCGUCGUCGAGAGCUUCCACCCUGAGGCGUCGCUUGAGACGUUCGGUGAGGGACUCGACCACGCGCUAUCGGCGCGCGACGUGUUCAGCAUCGAAGAUGCAACGGCCGCGUUCAUCCAGUCUCGUACUGGUGUGGACGCCGAGUCUGUUGCAUUCCGCAAGAGCUUCUCCAGCGACAUCACUCAGCACGCGUUCGUUUCCCAGCAGUUCAACGGCGUACCGGUCUCUAACGCAGUGGCGAACGUAGCCUUCAACAAGGACAACAAAGUCGUCUCGUUUGGCUCGUCCUUCGUCAAGCCCACGUCGGUCCCAUCAACAACCCCCACGGUCUCACUCGAGGACGCCAUUGCCAACGCUGAGAGCGCUCUCUCUGGCAAGUUCAACGAGCACCCCGCGACGCUCGAGUUCGUUGCCCUCAAGGACGGCUCCCUCGCCCUUACGCACGUCGUGCAGAUCCAGAACGACGAGACUGGCGCAUGGUUUGAGGCCUUCGUGGACGCGCACUCGGGCAAGCUAGUUCAGCUGACGGACUUCGUCGCGAGGGCUUCGUACCUUGUCCUUCCUAUCCAGAAGGAGGUUCUCACCGAGGGCUUCGAAACUCUCACCAACCCCCAGAACACUGCCGCCUCCCCCGACGGCUGGCAUAGCACCGGCUCCACGACCACGACGGACACCGACGGCAACAACGCCGUUUCCUUCAAGGGCGCGCAGACGAGCACGACCCAGCAGUCGUCGGCGACGGACAACUUCGUCUUCACCCAAAACCCGAACGCCGCGCCGACGACGCAGGCGAACCUCGACGCCGCGCGCACGAACGCGUUCUACAUCGUCAACUCCAUCCACGACAUCUCGUACAUCUACGGCUUCACCGAGGCCGGCUUCAACUUCCAGACCAACAACUUCGGCAAGGGCGGCACCGGCAACGACCGCGUCACGAUCUCCGUCCAGGACUCGGCCGGGAUCGACAACGCCGACUUCGCGACCCCCGCCGACGGCCAGUCCGGCCGGAUGCGCAUGUUCCUCUGGGACUUCACGAGCCCGAUGCGGGACGGCGCGCUCGAGAACGACAUCGUCGCGCACGAGAACACGCACGGGAUCAGCAACCGGAUGACCGGCGGCGGCACCGGCCGCUGCCUGCAGACGACCGAGGCCGGCGGCAUGGGCGAGGGCUGGUCGGACGCGAUGGCGGAGUGGACGGAGCACAAGGACGCGACCGUGCCCGACUUCGUCCUCGGCCAGUACGUCAUCAACGACCCCGCCGGGAUCCGCUCCCACCCGUACUCGACGUCCAUGACGACGAACCCGCUCACGUACGCGAGCCUCCAGACGCUCACCGAGGUGCACGACAUCGGCGAGGUCUGGGCGAACAUCCUCCACAACGUCUACGCCGGCCUCGUGGGCGUGCACGGCUUCUCCGCGACGGCGAAGACGGACGCGACCACGACCGGCGGCAACACCGUCUUCCUCCACCUCUUCCUCGACGCCUUCACGAUCCAGCCCUGCAACCCCACUUUCCUGACCGCGCGCAACGCGUGGAUCCAGGCGGACGCGAACCGCUUUGCUGGCGCCAACUUCUGCACGCUGUGGACCUCGUUCGCGUCCCGCGGACUCGGCGUGAACGCGGCCAACCACAGGAACGAUUUCACGGUCCCUGCAGGUUGCUGA